AUGGACCAAGUACAGCACGCAAUGUCCGAGCUGCAUCACACGUCAGACACCCUCGAGGAGAUCGACGACCCUUCCGAUCUCCUCUCCAGGCCGCUCGAGCCCAUCCCGCUCGUCCCGCCACCAUCCGAACACAACGCUGCGCCCGUUCAAUCCCCGCAGAGGAGACAGCUGCCUCCCGGCUACGGCACAAGUGCGUCUACCUCCAGCUCUACCUCUAACUCCAUGGGUGUGUUCAGCUCCCGCCCGGCGCAGCAGCAGCAAGGUGCGGCACAUAACAGCCUCGUCAUCGACGGCAGUGGAGCGCGUGUACCCACGCAGUUCCUCGACUCGAGCGGAGGCUUCUCACGGCCCAAGCCCCCGCACGGGCCCAGCGGCUCGGCUGGCCCUCCAGCUGCAUCCGCUCCACCCGCUGCUUCGCCCGCUUCCAUCGCCAUCCCGGGCGCUUAUCCGCAACCCGGGUCAUCAAGCUCAAUGCACAUCCAGCAACGACACACAAAGCCAUCCAUGGCAGCAGCAAAAGCUACACCCAUUGACCUAACGCUGAGCAGCGACGAAGAAGACGAUGUCGAUGAUCGCAAGCCCACCGCUUCCGGCUCGAAUGGCAAGGUCGCUGCCCACGGCAACUUGACCUUGCCCGGCGCAACCAACGGCCACGCAAGCACAGGGUCUGCACCUGCGUCCUCUUCCUCCGCCGGCGCCAGAGCAGUCGUGCCUAUCGACGAUGACGACGACGAUGACGACGAGGUCACCCUCGUUUCGCACAAGCGACCCGAUCCAGAGGAGUUCGAGAUCGACCAUGUCAAGUCCAACGCCAUCGUCUGCGCCGGCCUCAUCAAUGCCGUCGUCCUCUGCAUACAUGGCAUCCCGCCUGCUCUCACCUACAACGGCUCAAUCGGUCAAGAGCCUCCAGAGGAUCCAAAUCUCAGCCGCGAGAAUUGGCCCACUGCCACGCACUUCUGGAUUGAAAAAGGCUACAGGCCGCUACUGCUCACCCUCUCCAAUCCAGCCAACAUGCUGCCGUCCACUCGCACGCUCCCGGGCGGCUGGUCUUACACUGCCAUGCCGCAAGCACGUCGCGAUAUCAACGUCAGCGUCAUCCUUCCGCCACGCACCGCACAUCCCAGUCUUUCUCUUCAGGACGCCCUCGCACAAGGGCACGCCAUCGAACCGUCGUUCGGCGCGCUCGCAGAAAAGUACGUCAUCGCACUCGAGCCUCUGCUUCGCCAGAACAAGGUCCGUUGUGAGACACGCUGCCGCAUGGUGCCCGUAGGCCGUGCGCAGAACUUCCUCCAUUACCUCGAGAUCCUCGUCUUCACCAGAAGGCCAGACCUGGGCGUCGUCUCGGACCAGCUGUCCGCACACGGCAUUCAGCUCGAGCAUCCUCCUUCCUACCAUCCGGAAGACUACCCGACAGAGCCUCAGUACACCAACCCGCACAAUCCGCCCGCAGGUGGAGUGCGCAACGACCCUGGCAUCUACAACGGCAUCUAUCGAGGUGCAGGCAUCGGCACCAGCGUCCAGAACCGCGAGCUCACAGAGAAGGAGAAGAAGGCACAGGUCGAUGCCAUCUACAGCAGCAUCCGCAGUGGUGAAGAGCUGGCAGCCGUCGAACCAUCGCACUUCAUCUCCACACGCCUAUUACAGCACCAGAAGCAAGCGCUUGGCUUCUUGCUGAAUCGCGAGAAGGACCGCCGCUGGCCCGAGCUUCUGCUGGAGCGAGACGAGGCAGCGCCUGAAGCGGGAAACACACCGCCAAAGGAAGAGAAGCAGUCUCCGGACGUCAAGGGGAAGAAGUCGAGUCCGGGCUCCAGCGCUUCCUCCAAGAAGGACCGAGGCAAGAAGAAGGACGACGCAUACGACGACUCGAUCUCGCUGUGGAAGGUGCGCAAGGGCGUCAACGGCAACGUGCGCGCAUGGCGAAAUCUCAUCACCAACAGAGAGACGCUCACGCAGCCCCGCAUCUGUCGUGGUUCCAUCCUUGCCGAUGACAUGGGUCUCGGCAAGACCAUCACGACGCUCGCUCUCAUCGCUCAUACGCUGUCGGAAGCCAAGGCAUUCGGGUCCGCCAAAGUGCAACGCGAUGCGGGUGCCGAGCUGCAAGCCGCCAUGCAGCUGCGUGAUACCUCGAACGACAAAUCCUCCCCAGGCAAGGCCGUUGGCGGUGUCAAAGCAGAGGUUGCGAGUGGCAGCAAUGGAAAAACGGACAAGCAGAAGCGUCAAGCCAGCGAAUCGUCCUUCGACGACGAUGAGUUGAGCUACACCGAUACAAACGAGGACAGCAACACGAGUGGAUCCAUGUCGAUGGCUGUCCACAACGCUCCGCAAGCUGCCAAGAAGGCGUCAACCUCUAAGCCCAAAGGCCGCAAAUCGAAGAAGGACAAGGCUGAUUCCGAGAAGCUGCGCCGCCAGCAUCUCGAGUGCCGCAGCCGCGCCACGCUCAUCGUCUGCCCGCUUUCGGUCAUCUCGAACUGGGAGGAGCAAUUCAAGGAGCACUGGACAAGACGCAAGCGGCCAUCCAUCUACAUCUACCACGGUCCGUCGCGUGCCACGAACGCCAAGUGGAUCGCCAACCACGACAUUGUGCUGACGACCUACUCCACGCUCGGGUCCGAAUUCGCCAACCAGACCACCUGGGUCACAGACGACAGCAAGGCCGACGGCAAGAAGCGCGGUGGCAACAAGGGUGGCAAUUCAUCGGACGACGACAACGAAGGCCACGAGGACGAUGUCCUCGUUGUCAACGGCAACGGCAUCCCCUUGCAAGACGAGGCCGGUAAGAACGGCAAGAAGCGCAGGCGCAAGCCAGCAAAGGAAGCCUACAACCCGCUUCAGCGUAUCGAGUGGUUCCGCGUCGUACUGGAUGAGGCGCACCAGAUCAAAGGCGCCUUAACGUGGCAGUCGAAAGCCGCGUGCAACUUGACGGCGCAACGCAGACUCUGUCUUACAGGCACGCCGAUCCAAAACACGAUCGACGAUCUCUUCGCCCUCGUCAAGUUCCUGCGGUUAGAUCCUUUCACCGAACGCGCCAUGUGGAACGAGUUCUGCGGCCAUCGCGAGUCGACCGGACUCAAGUCCAAGAAGGACGAUGAGCCGAUCGACUCGGCCAACCUCGGCCACGUGCAGAUCCUGAUGAAGUUCCUGGCGCUGCGAAGACAGAAGACCACCAAGACCGCCGACGGCAAGCCGCUGCUCGCGCUGCCGCCGAAGCUCAGCAAGACGGAGUAUCUCGACUUUGAGGAAGCGGAGAAGGCGCGCUACCAGGCGCUGCACAAUCUGUACCGCGAGGACUUCGAAGAGAUGAUGGCGAAGGACACCGUCAACAAUAACUACGCCACCAUCUUGACGGAGAUCUUGAACCUGCGCAUGACUUGCGACCACCCAUCUUUGGUGGAUGCCAGCAAGGACGCGAGGCGCAGGGCGGCGGGUGCGGACUUAUCCGAGGCGAUCAAGCAGGACGGACUCAGCCGCGAACGGGCUGCAAUCCUCUUUCUUCUGUUCCGCGACAGCGAAAUGGCAUACUGCUCGGAAUGCCAGUCGCCCGUGUCGCCGGGAACUGACCGCGACAGAGCUGGCGACGAUGCACGGGAUCUGGCCGACGCGCUCGACGUGGCAGCCGCGGACGGCAGAGGGUCGACUAAGCGUGCCAGAACCGACGCAGCCUCUUCCGAGUCGACGUCCGCGACCAUGUCAAGAAACGGACUCGAGACGCCUGCCGAAGGGGCUGCUCGGCCCGUGCUGACGCGAUGCCAGCACUUGUACUGUGCGCCGUGCUUCCGACGCCUGAUCGGCUUCCCGUGGCCGGAAGUGAGCGCCUCGGACGUGGGUCACUGCCCGACGUGCAACUAUUCCCUCAAGCUUGCCAUCGAUGCGGUGGAGCUGCAUCCGUCGGACUUUGUCGAUAUCUACGACGACCAGGGCGAGCUCGCUGCUGAUGGCGAACGCUUCUCUGACGAUGAAGGUGUCUCGAGCAAAGGCAAGGCGAAGUCGGGCAAGAACGAGGCGGACGACUUUUUUGACUGGGGAAGCGGCGAUGAAGAACAGCCGUCCAAGCCAAAAGCGCAGCGCAAGAACGGCGCGUCCACCGCGGACCCCUCGACCGUCCAGCGUGGCGACUUGUCGCUCGAGGGAAGGAAGGACGUGUCGACGAAAAUUCGCGCGCUCAUCACGGAUCUGCUGCCCUUCUCCAAGUGCAACCCGCACUCGGCGCUGUACGAUCCGAUGGCACCGCGGCUCGUGCACGUCGAUCCGACCACAUCGGAUGAGGCGGAGGUGCGCGCAGCCGAGGAGCCAGUGGUGGUGGUGCAGCGGCCGCCGCUGGGCGUGAGUGGCGAGGGACUAUUGGGCAAGCUGGACCACACGAUGGAAGCGAUCGAGUCGUACGAGCCCAUCAAGAGCGUCGUCUUCUCGCAGUGGACCAAGAUGCUGGACCGCAUCCAAAAGUCGAUGUCCAUCACGGGCAUCCGCAUGGCGCGGCUCGACGGCUCGAUGAAGCGUGCGGACCGCUCAGCGGCGCUGGAAGCGUUCAAGACGGACCCGGGCAUCGAGGUGCUGCUGGUCUCGCUGCGUGCCGGUGGCACGGGCCUGAACCUGGUCUCGGCCUGCCGCGCCUACCUGAUGGACCCGUACUGGAACCCGGCGGUGGAGAACCAGGGCCUGGACCGCGUGCACCGCAUGGGUCAAACGCGGCCGGUGAUCACGACCAAGUACAUCAUGCGCCACAGCAUCGAGGAGAACAUGCUGCGGCUGCAGAAGCGCAAGAUGAUGCUCGCCGAAAAGGUGGGCAGCAAGCGCCAGAUCGGCGCGGGUGCGGGCGCGAGCGGUGCCCAGGCGCGGCGCGACGAGCGGCGCGAGGAGCUCAAGAUUCUGUUUGGCACGUCGAGCGGCGGCGUGGAUCUGUAG